AUAUAAUAGGGAAUGUUCUACUACUGCUGCUGUCGCCAGCCAGCAGUGGUGAUCCUCGUCUGCCUGCUCUACAUCCUGCUCGUGCUCGUCUUCUUUGUCAAUGUCUUUCUUGCGGAUCGUAAUAUGCACACGAAUCUAAUGAUGCGAAAUGGUGGACACGGUAUCCAUGGCGGCGGUGGAAUAGGAGGAGUAGGAGGACUAGGACCAAUUCCACCCGCUGGCAUGCAUCCAUCGGGUCACCAUAAUCCAUACGAUAUGCAUGGAUACAAUCAUUACAGCAACUACCAUCCGCAAGUGGACACCAAGCAGAGGCAACAGCAGCAUCAGCAGCAGCAGCAGCAGCAGGAUAUGAACAGGAAGACGCCCAAUCAGCAGCAGCCCGAACAGGAUAUUUACUACUACUUCAACCACGUAUUCAGGCGGCGACGGCGACGGUCGCUUAAUAAUCCCUCUUCCACUCCCACUCCCAGCACCCCGACCCAAAACCUAAACAUUUAGUGCAUUAAUUUAUACUUACAUUCACAUACAUAGAUAUAUAUAAAUUCUAUAUAUAUAUACAUAUACAUAUACAUAUAGCCAAGCAGCAAAGCAGCGGAUUUUGUAAAGAAUGAGAAAUUCAUUUGUAAAAUUAAUAGCAAUCGAUUAAACUGAGAAGAAGAACCAACAAUCCGGUAUAUACAUACAUAACUAAAUAAACGAAAAGCCACAGCCGA